GGGCUUCAAAACGUAGGAUCCUCCCUCACUUCAAAUCGGGAGCGUGGGAACGGGGGUGGAAACGGGUCCGGUUCAUCCCUGUGGGUCCGAGCUCUGGCAUCCUUCACGCGGAGGUGCCGCGCCCUAGUGAGUGGGCCUCAGAGCGUCCGAGGUCUUCUCGGACUGCCAAGACCGCCCGAAGCCCCCGGAGCUGGAGGGAAGGGGCCGCUUGCGCGCUGGCCGCAGGCCUCACGGCUCAGCCGAGAGCCCUGUCUCAACCUAGGUCCUCUUUCUCCCCUGUUCUGCAGGCUCGCUUUCAGCAACAUGGCUCAAAGGGCCUUCCCGAAUCCUUACGCUGAUUAUAACAAAUCCCUGGCCGAAGGCUACUUUGAUGCUUCUGGGAGGCUAACUCCUGAGUUCUCACAACGCUUGACCAAUAAGAUUCAUGAACUUCUUCAGCAAAUGGAAAGAGGCCUAAAGUCAGCAGACCCUCGAGAUGGCACUGUUUACACUGGCUGGGCAGGUAUUGCUGUGCUUUACUUACACCUCUAUGAUGUAUUUGGGGAACCUGUCUACCUACAGAUGGCACAUGGCUAUGUAAAGCAAAGUCUGAACUGUUUGAGCAAGCGUUCCAUCACCUUCCUUUGCGGGGAUGCAGGCCCCUUGGCUGCGGCCGCUGUACUAUAUAACAAGAUGAACAAUGAGAAGCAAGCAGAAGAAUGCAUCACACGGCUAAUUCACCUUAUUAAGAUUGAUUCCCAUGCUCCAAAUGAAAUGCUCUAUGGACGAAUGGGCUACAUCAAUGCUCUUCUUUUUAUCAAUAAGAACUUUGGAGUGGAAAAGAUUCCUCAAAGCCACAUCCAGCAGAUUUGUGAAACAGUUUUAACCUCUGGAGAAAACCUAGCUAGAAAGAGAAAUUUCACAGCAAAGACUCCACUGAUGUAUGAAUGGUACCAGGAAUAUUAUGUGGGAGCUGCUCAUGGCCUGGCAGGAAUUUAUUACUACCUGAUGCAGCCCAGCCUUCGAGUGAGCCAAGGGAAGUUACAUAGUUUGGUCAAGCCCAGUGUAGACUAUAUCUGCCAGCUGAAAUUCCCUUCCGGCAAUUAUCCUCCAUGUGUGGACGAUACCCGAGAUCUGCUUGUCCACUGGUGUCAUGGUGCCCCUGGGGUAAUCUACAUGCUCACCCAGGCCUAUAAGGUGUUCAAAGAGGAAAAGUAUCUCUGUGAUGCCUAUCAGUGUGCCGAUGUGAUCUGGCAAUAUGGGCUGCUGAAGAAGGGAUACGGGCUGUGCCAUGGCACUGCCGGGAAUGCCUACGCCUUCCUGAACCUCUACAACCUCACCCAGGACAUGAAGUACCUAUACAGGGCCUGUAAGUUUGCUGAAUGGUGCUUAGAGUACGGAGAGCACGGGUGCAGAACACCGGACACCCCCUUCUCCCUCUUUGAAGGAAUGGCUGGAACAAUAUAUUUCCUGGCUGACCUGCUAGUCCCCACGAAAGCCAAAUUCCCUGCGUUUGAACUGUAAGAGGAAAGCGUGCCCCACAACUCUGCAUGACCCUUUCUGUACACGCAAACCGGGCUAACUGCUUUUGUUGCUAUUCAAGGAAACACAGAGACAAAAUG